UAAAUUGACAUCUGAGGAUUCCAGUGCUGACAACCCCCAGAGGCUGCUGGUCUCCGUCCUGACUUUUGGCUCUCAACCUGGUUGCUUUGAAAACAGGGGGUUUUGGACAGACAUUGUCUGAAUGUCUCAAAAAAGAGUUUUAAAAGACACUUGGAAGGAUUCAUUUAAAGGACGUUUUUCUGACGGCUUCCCAGCUCUGGGGUGUGCAGGAGGCUCCGAAGGGUGGCAGCAUCAUUUAUUUCUCUGGUGAAACAGAAGAAUGCACUCAGUCACACUUCUCAGCAGCUCUGCAGCCUGUGGAGCGUGUGGGCAGUCUGUGUAUGCAGCAUCCUGGAAAAUGUGCGUUCUCUUGAAGUGAUCUGCUGAAAAGCACGUACUUGUACAGUUGUUCCAGCCUCCCUUGUUGUGUUGCUCUCAAGAGCAGAAAUGCCUGGUCUCUAAUACUCCCUGGGGUCUCCAUUUCAUCUGCCAAAGAAACACUACCUGCUGCAGUUACCCAGUGAGCCCCGAAGAGCAGGGACACUGAAGAUGGCUCUGUGUGCUUUUUAUGCUGUUUGGGGUUUGUUGCUAGAAGUGGCAAUAGCAUUUGGCCCAGUGCCAAGGAUCACUUGGGAACACAAAGAGGUCCAGCUAAUACAUUUUAAUGACUCAAAAGUGUCAAACUAUUCAACCUUGCUGUUAAGUGAAGACAAAAACGUUCUGUAUGUAGGAGCCCGGGAAGUGAUCUUUGCCUUAAAUGCGGUGAAUAUUGCUGAGAAGCAGCAUGAGUUGCACUGGAAGGUCACAGAAGAUAAAAGGACUAAAUGUGCAGUUAAGGGCAAAUCAGAACAGACAGAAUGUCGUAAUUACGUGCGUGUCUUGCAACAGCUGAAUGAUACUUUCCUCUACGUGUGUGGAACUAAUGCAUUUCAGCCAACAUGUGAUUACCUGAAUUUAAUUUCAUUUGAACUUGGAGGUAAGAAUGAAGACGGUAAGGGCAGAUGUCCAUUUGAUCCUGCUCAAAGCUACACAUCUGUUAUGGUUGAUGAGGAGCUUUAUUCUGGGACUUCGUACAAUUUCUUGGGAAGUGAACCUAUUAUUUCACGUCACUCUCAUCAGAGCCCUCUGAGAACAGAGUAUGCAAUACCUUGGCUUAAUGAGCCCAACUUUGUUUUUGCUGACGUGAUAAGAGCAGAUCCAAACAGCACAGAUGGAGAAGAUGACAAGAUAUACUUCUUUUUCACUGAGGUGUCUGUGGAGUAUGAAUUUGUUGGAAAAUUGAUGAUUCCAAGAAUAGCUAGAGUAUGCAAGAGGGACCAAGGAGGAUUAAGGACCUUGCAAAAGAAAUGGACUUCGUUUCUCAAGGCCAGACUGAUUUGUACCAUCCCUGAUAAGAAUUUAAUUUUCAAUGUUAUCAAUGAUGUUUUUAUUCUCAAAUCUCCGACUUUGAAGGAACCAGUGAUAUAUGGAGUCUUCACCCCACAACUGAAUAAUGUGGGGUUGUCAGCAGUGUGUGCAUACAAUCUGUCUACUGUAGAAGAGGUUUUCUCAAAAGGAAAAUACAUGCAGAGUGCUACAGUGGAACAGUCCCAUACAAAGUGGGUGCGAUACAAUGGGGAAAUUCCGAAUCCUCGACCUGGUGCGUGUAUAAACAACGAAGCCAGAGCAUCAAACUACAUGAGUUCUCUGAAUUUACCAGACAAAACAUUGCAGUUUGUUAAAGAUCAUCCUCUAAUGGAUGACUCAGUGACUCCAAUGGGAGACAGACCUCGCCUAGUAAAGAGAGAUGUGAAGUAUACACAGAUUGUAGUUGACAGAGUCAGAGCACUCAAUGGCACCAUCUAUGAUGUGAUGUUCAUCGGUACAGAUCGAGGAGCCCUGCACAAAGCUAUCAGCUAUGAAAAUGGAAUGCAUAUUAUUGAAGAAACGCAGCUUUUUCCAAAUUUUGAACCAGUCCAAACUCUCUUGCUUUCGUCCAAAACAGGCAGAAGAUACCUCUUUGCUGGUUCAAAUUCUGGUGUGGUGCAGUCUCCAUUGGCAUUUUGUGACAAGUACACCACUUGUGUUGACUGUGUUUUAGCAAGGGAUCCUUACUGUGCUUGGAAACCACUUGAAGCUUCCUGCAUUGAUAUUUUUAAAGAAGGUGAAAUGGAAAGGAACUGGAUUCAAAACAUAGGUGGAGAUGCAUCUUCUUGUUCUGAUAAAGUAAGAGAGAAUCCCCUACAGCAUACAUUCAAGCAUGGGAGCACAGCAGAACUCAAGUGUUCUCAAAAGUCCAAUCUGGCACAGGUAGUUUGGAAGUUCAAAGAUGAUGUGCUGAGAGUGGAGAGUCCCAAGUACCGUCUGCUGGAGAAGGCACUGCUCAUCUUCAAUUUAUCAGAAGGAGACAGUGGUGUUUACCAAUGUUUGUCAGAAGAAAAAGUGAAAAAUAAAAAAUUUUCCCAAGUGCUGGCUAAGCAUGUUUUGGAACUGAAAAAAAUGCAGCAUACCACGGUGGGCCCCACUGCAGCAGCUGCACCAACAGAAGCCUCAUCUCCUAUACCUUUCCCUCCUACUGGUACCUCCUUUUUGUCCUGUGUGGGAAGUGAUUCACCUCCUUCACCCACCAGUACCCAGCCUGAUGUUUGGUCUAGCAAAGACCCCGUAAAGGUCAUGUUGUUGCCACCUUUCCUAAGUGACCAGGCACAGCAUGUUAGUGUCCGGGGACCCUUCCACCUCUUCUGCCAAGCCACAGGUCCAGAUAACUCCCACUUUGUCUGGAGGAAGAAUGGACAAAUGAUGAAGGCAUGCAUCACGGAGCAGUCUCACAUGCUGCUUGACGGCAGAGUGCAUGUUCUCAGCUGGGUGAAAGAUUCAGUAUCAGAAAACACAGAAUACAGAUGUUCAUUCAUCUCAAAAGCUGGGAACACAACAUCAGAAGUGCUGGUCACAGUGGGAGAUAAAGAUAGUACUGGUCAGGAAGCAUGGACCAAAGAAUUUGAUACCUGGAGAAGUGCCAUCAGUGAACAUGACAUGAUGAUGCAAAACUGGAGGAAAACAUGGGUAAGACUUUUACAGACUGCCUCUUGCUCUUCUGCAACUGCAUGUACUGAUAUAACAAAAUGAUCAGUGUUCCAGUACACAUCAUCAUUCCUGACCCACUCAGCAGUGAAGUCUGUGUAUGACAUUUAUUGCAGUUGUGUCACCUUAUUCCUUCAGCCCACUAACCAAGUGCUCAUCCGUCAGUAGCUCUGUUCCUGCCCAACACAGUAACUCUGCGUAUAGUGAAUGGAGUCGAUAAAUUUCAUCACAUCUGUAGACUAACUGGAUUGCAGAGACUACUGGACUUUAUAAAUGGUACUGUCCAUAAAAGCUGACCUUUUUUAUUUUUAAAAGAAGUCCAUACCCAUCUCUUAAUAUUUUUUUCCAACAGCUAGGAGAUCACUUUUGAAAACCUUAGAUAUUAUGUGCUUGCUGUCUGUGGAACAGUUAGUAUAGGCAUCCUUAAGCCCCAUUUUCAUUUUUAGAGUGGUAUUAACACAUCAUUCUAAAAUUUUUCUUCAGGAGACCUGCAACAAGAGAAACAGCCUCUAAUGGACAAAGGAAUUAACAGGCUAGAAGGAGAAACAUAUGCAAGUUAAGAGUACCUGUUAUUCUUAUUAUUAUAGCAUUUGGAGAUGUCUUUUCAAGUGUUAGUGCUGACAUUAAAACCGAUAUUCAGGAGAAUCACCUCAAGCAUGAAGUAGAAGGGGAUAUUCUUACUGCACCAAAGCUAAGUUACAUGGUACAAGAGAAGCCACCCAUCCCAUCUCUGGUUUUCUUUUGUCAGCCAUUUUAGCUUAAUAAAGAACAAAAGUAGUCUCAGCAAGAUUUGUGCUGUUCAAAGAAUGUGAUACGAUGUUUUCUGUUUUGAGUUCAUUAAGCCAACCAGAUAAUUUUGGGCUGGAGGAUCUUGGCAUAAGAUUUAGAAAUUAGGACGUGGAUCACAUUUAUUUAAAGGCAUUUCAACUUGUACACUUAUUUUUCUUUUACUAUGUUUACCCUUAUGGUGCCAGGGUUUUGAAGAGCAUUCCUUUCUAGUGUCAGCAAGCUCAUUUGUUCAAAGAUAUUUCCUCUGGUAAUUGUGCUGGGUUUUAUUAAUUUUCUUCACAGUGGUUGGUGUGAGACUUGAUGUUCUGGAUUUGUGCUGAACACAGGGUUGGUAAUGGAGAGAUGUUUUUGCUGUUGCUGAGCAGGGCUCACACAGAGCCAAGGCCUUUUCUGCUUUCAGCACUGCCACAAUGGCAAAGAAGUUGGGGGUGCAUGGGAGGUUGGGAGGAGACACAGCCAGGACAGGUGACCCAAAGUGACCAAGGGGAUAUUCCAGACCAUGUGGCAUCAUGCUCAGUACAUAAAGGCAGGGGGGCACUUUGGAAUGAUGUAAUUUGAAUUCCCAAGUAACCAUUAUGUGUGAUGGGCCCUGCACUCCUGGAAUGGAUGAACACCUGCCGGCCCAUGGGAAGCACUAAAUGAAUUGUUUUGCUUUGCCUGUGUGCAUGGUUUUUGCUUUUUCUAUUCAACUGUCAUCAUGUCAACCCAUGGUUUUCUGGCUUUUACCCUUCUGCUUUUCUCCCAGUGUGAGAGGCUGGGUGGUGCUGGCUGGGCUUAAACCAUAGUAAUAAAGUUUCUAUACCAAAUAAAGAAGUUCUGACUAAUGCUUAAAAUGCAGAUAGAUUACAAAGAAUGCAAGAAGACUCUUUAGUUUUUGCAAAUUCUUCUUCUAUAUUUGAGAUAAUGUAGCUUAAAAAUUCUAUGCUGAAUGAAUUCAAAGACCAUUCCUUAUGAUGAUCAAGUGUGAUGAUCAGACUGAAAAUGUGAGGACCUACACACUAUCCACAGUAGAAGUGUUCUACUGCAUUACUGCUCACAGUUUUGUCCUUCUGCACGUAGGAAACAAAAGUCCAAUGUAUAUAUUAAAUUUUCUCUAUUAUCUGCUCAGUCAACAAUCUGGAAGCAAGUAAGGUGCUCCCUUAUAAUCAGUAAGCUCAGGCAGAGAGCUGCUUCGAGUGGUAUCAGAAAGCUUCAUACACAUCCCUAAGUUCUCUCCUAACUGGUAAGAUUUAAAUCAGUGUUUCUGGCAUUAAAGAAAGCAGUCUCUUCAUGCUAAGACUUGAAUGAUCCUUUUUUUUUUCUUCAGUAUCAGACCAUCUUGUCACAUAUGUAGGGUGAAAACUCAUUUUUUCCCUACUUUUCUUAACCAUUUUCCCUGUUUUUCACAUAGGCAUUUAAUUAAUGCUGAUGAAGACUUCCAGUACCACCAGAGUUAAUUUUUUUCUCAUUUGUUCUCAUAAGUUUUUUGCUCUCAGGACAACUAUAAAUAGACUUUUCUUGAAUUGUUUCUCCUCCAUUUGUUGAACCGAUUUGGAGCAUACUUGCCAUAGUUCUCUGCUCCACAGUUUAGUUCUCUGGAGUGAGCGGGAAUACAAAGUAAGACAGGGGUCAGGGUUAUGGGUGAUGUAGCUACGCUUUGCUUUGUUUCUGCAGGAAAUUACUGCAAGUAGUAAAAAGCUGCGAAAUUUUUUGUUUAGUUCAAUUUUAUGGGGAGGAUAAAAAAGAAAAAAAAAAAAGAAAAAUCUGUGUACCAGCAUUAGUAACCAUGGCUGUGACACCUUAUAGUAAAUUUUUUUAUACACUAUAAGAACUAGAAAUAAGUCCCUAAGAUUGUGAACAUGUAAUGUUUCUGAAGUUUUAUGCUCUCCUAGAGUAAGACAAAAUAGAAAGUAUGGUCAAAACCCAAACUUCUUUACCAACUGAUCCUCAUUCCAUGCAAUGACUGGGUUUAUCAGUUCCAGAAUUUUAAAUGUGUAUCCAAGCGGCACAGGUACAAAUGAAUAAAUCACAACUUACCUUUGCAUCAAGGGUAUAUGCUGGCCAAAAGCAUGUUUUGUCACUGGGGCCUUUAACCCCCAAUUUCCAUGUAAGAUUAGGAGGAACUAAUACAAAAAAGAUCAUCAUCAUAACUAGUGCAUUUCAAGAUAAGGCCAGCUCCCCUUGUCAACAUUCUUUCCUAAAAGUUUCAGGUAGAACAUUUCAGGUAUCACUAAAUUCCCGUAAGACGAGCUUACUUAAGUCACACUCAUUCUUUAUAGAAUCAAUAUAUUGUAACAGAUUUUAUACAAUUUACAGUCUACAAAACUCUGUGCAUUUCAAAAUUAUUUGAAGUUUUUUAUAUCACUUCUAUCAUCACAAGGCAGCUACUUUCCAAAGUAUUGCACUACAAAUGUUCAGUAUGGUGAAGCGCUUGCAGAAACAGCUCGGAGAUGCUGAGCAGCAUAUGGCACCUGUAUCACCUUUCAGAAAAGCUGACACAAGUUAUAUGUGCAUCCCUUCAAUUACCUUCUUUAGGCCUGUCCUCAAAAACCAGUGUGUAUAUAGGCCAUUCCCACUAAGGUGCUCCACCACUACUAUAAGCACAUUUUGUUUUUAAAAUUUUAUUUUCUCUAGGAUACAAACUUCAUUUCUUAUAAGAUAUAAAUUUUUUUCUAUUUAGAUACAAACUGGGAUUGCUCAAAAACUCAUAGAUGUAUAUACCAAUACAACCCCAAACUGAAGGAAUGAGGAGUCUUAGCAAGGAGAAAGUACAGAUAAGCAGGCUAGCACAUUUGCUGCCCUGCAAUAUCCUUUAACUUCAAAGCAGGAUGUAUGAUAAA